AUGUCCCUGCGCCGCUUGACCCGGGGCUCAUCACUUCUAUCGCUUUCGUCUCGUUUUUGCAUUCCUCGACUUUCGUCCCGCCUCUUCGCAACAACCAUGGAUGAUAACAUCAAGCAGCAUUACCUGGCGGAUUCGCCGCCGACGGUGGUCCGGCUGGAGAUCAAGCCACACUUUGAGGCGCUGCAAGAUCCGAGCCUCAGGAAAUACGCGCACUACAUGAGCCGCGCCGCAUUCGAAGGCACGCGAGUCACUUUGCGCCAGGUCUCUCCCGAGUCGGAGCCGAUCUACGACCUCAUCCUUGCGCUCUACCGCGCCUGUAAUGGCGACUGGAACAGCCUAGUGCAGAAAACCAACGUUAGCGAAGAACAUCUCCGCUUCUUCCUCGAAUAUGCGGCCCAAUUCCUAGGGAAUUGCGGCAACUACAAGGGAUUCGGGGACUCUAAAUUCAUCCCCCGCUUGCCGCCAUCCGCUUUUGAAGCUCUAGCUUCCGCUACACCUGAAACAAGGGCUGCCUUCCACAAGGCAAACAGCACCGGUGGCGGCAUAUACGAGACGAGCGAGCAGUCAAUGAUGCACCUGGGAUAUCCGCGGAGCGGCCACAUGACCACCUACUAUCCCGAUUCGCCCUCAAUCUUGAAAGAAGAGAUCACGGCGAUUGGAGAUUUGAUGGAGAAGAAGGGGCUAGCUCUCGAGAACACCAGGCUGCGGAAGACUGCGUCAGGCGACUUUGAACUGUUGAUCGCGUCCGGUGUUUCACACCCAAGGGCGAACCACCGAGACCUUCCAGAAGAUACGUUUGAGCUCGAUGGCGAGCUUAAGGGGAAGACGCUGCGCCUGGUCUUUGGAGACCACCAGGAAGAAAUGGCCAAGGUCGCUCACUGCAUCAAGCAGGCAGAGCUCAACGCCGCCAACGAGAAUCAAAGAGAAUGCUCGAUGCGUAUGCCCAGACCUUUGGCGUUCAAGGAGAGUCAGCGGAUCUGGGUGAAGGAUCAGAAACCGGCCCUGGAGACGAAUCUGGGAUUCGUGGAGACCUAUCGCGAUCCGCACGGUGUCCGUGGAGAAUGGGAAGGCUUUGUCGCUCUGGUCAAUAUGGAACGAACGCGGGCGUUUGGCACGCUGGUGGACAGUGCGGAAAGCAUGAUUCCCAAACUGCCUUGGGGCAAGGAGUUCGAAAAGGACAAAUUCCUCAGUCCGGAUUUCACGUCGCUCGAAGUUCUGAGCUUUGCAUGCUCCGGUCUGCCAGCGGGUAUCAACCUGCCCAAUUACGAUGACAUCCGGCAGAACCUGGGAUUCAAGAACGUGUCCCUGGGCAAUGUUCUCAGCGCAAAAGCUCCCGAUGAGCCAAUCCCUUUCAUUGCCGAGAAGGAUCUGGAUGUGUACCGUCGCUGCCGCGAUCCGGCUUUUGAAGUGCAGGUCGGCAUCCAUGAGCUUCUGGGUCAUGGUACGGGAAAACUGUUGCAAGAAACGGCUCCCGGACAAUACAACUUUGAUAUUGCCAACCCCCCGAUCAGCCCCGUGACAGGCAAGCCGGUCUCGACCUGGUACAAACCGGGUCAGACGUGGAGCUCCGUCUUUGGCGCGAUUGCCUCUUCGUACGAAGAGUGUCGCGCUGAGUGUGUGGCUAUGGCUCUCGGCUGUGAUUUCGGCAUCCUGAAGAUCUUUGGUUUCGGUGAUGGCACCCAGGACAUGGCUGGUGAGGCGGGUGAUGUCCUGUUCACCGCAUAUCUCCAGAUGGCUCGCGCGGGUCUGGUUGCAUUGGAAUUCUGGGAUCCCAAGACUCAGAAAUGGGGCCAGGCGCAUAUGCAGGCCCGAUACAGCAUACUACGCACGUUCCUUGAUGCCGGGGAUGACUUCGUCAAGCUGGCGUAUACCAAGGACGACUUGUCAGACCUGGAGAUCCACCUGGAUCGCUCAAAGAUCUUGAGUCAUGGUCGCCCAGCGGUGGAGAAGUACCUCCAGAAGCUGCAUGUGUACAAGAGCACGGCGGAUAUUGAGGCUGGCCUGGCUCUAUACAAUGGGAUCACCUCGGUGGACAAGUGGUGGGGGACCCAGGUGCGCGAGGUCGUACUGAAGAACAAGGUGCCGCGUAAGGUGUUUGUGCAGGCCAACACCAUCCUGGACGGGGAUCAGGUCACGCUCAAGGAGUAUGAGCCGACGCUGGAAGGUCUGAUCCAGAGCUUUGCCGAGCGCCAUGUGUAG